AUUGCAGAUUGCAGCCACUGUUGCGAACAGCUGUUCUCAAAAGCUCACACGUCUGUGAAUUCAUCUCAUGAAGAAACAUCUGUAAAAAACUUUUGUGCGUUUUCUUCAUGGAAUUCUUUUCUAGAGUGCAAAAACAACUGUUUUUCUGUAAAUUUCGGUGUCAAACGCAAAGUAGAAAUUAAUAAAUUAUGUUUGUAGUUUGUAUGGAACAUCGAGGGUAAUUGUAGGAUUUUUGAGUGUUUUUUAUUUUAGUGUGUUAGUGCAGCUUUGAUGCAGCUUUGGUCGGCUACCGCUAGGGCAUAAAGAGAAUUCGGCCACGAAUGACAGAAUUGACAAUUAUUUCCAAUGGAAUGAGUAAUUCUAAAAAAUUAAAAUUGUGCGAAGAAAUUCUCCGUUUUGUUCCUUUCGACCAACGCGUUAUCACAGAAUUGAAUCAUUCGAAAAAAAACAAUGAAAACAAUGUAGUAUUGUUGCUGAAACUUUGACUUUUGACAUUAAAAUAUUUAGAGCGCAUGUGCGAGAAGUGCGCGAACAGGAUGCGCGUCAAUGUGCGGCACCCGAGUGACGUGGCUUGAAUGACGGCUGCACGAGUUGCGUGCUUUCGUUCUGUUCUGGAAGUAUAAUCAUCUUGAAAAUCAGAAUGAACGUAAAAUAGUACUAUUGUGACUGAAAUAAACAAAAAAGAUAACUGUUGUUUAUUUAACGUCGAAGGAAGUGGGGACUGGGAGGAUUUAGGAAAUUUCGUUCAAGGAACUUCGGCAUUAUGACAACGUACGAGGAUUUUAUUCAACAAAAUGAAGAUCGUGACGGUGUACGAUUUACCUGGAAUGUUUGGCCUUCCUCCCGCAUAGAAGCUACCAGACUUGUUGUACCACUGGGAACUUUGUAUCAACCGAUUAAAGAACGCCUUGAUCUUCCUCCCAUUCAAUACGAUCCGGUUCUCUGUACCAGAUCUACAUGUAGAGCUAUUCUCAAUCCACUCUGUCAGGUUGAUUACAGAGCUAAACUAUGGGUUUGCAACUUCUGCUUCCAAAGGAACCCUUUUCCACCUCAGUAUGCUGCAAUAUCGGAGCAGCAUCAGCCAGCCGAACUGAUCCCUAUGUUUUCAACUAUUGAAUAUACCAUUACUCGUGCUCAAUGUUUGCCACCUAUAUUCUUGUUGGUCGUGGACACUUGUAUGGACGAGGAGGAACUUGGAGCUUUGAAGGAUUCUCUCCAAAUGUCAUUGUCCUUGUUGCCACCUACCGCACUAAUAGGUUUGAUAACAUUUGGAAAGAUGGUACAAGUACACGAGCUCGGUUGUGAAGGAUGUAGCAAAAGUUACGUGUUUCGUGGUACAAAGGAUCUACAGCCUAAACAAGUUCAGGAUAUGUUGGGAAUCGGAAGACCAGUACCAGGUCAAAAUCCAAAUCAGCAGAGGGGCCCAACCGGUCAGCCAAUACCACCAGCUAAUCGAUUCCUUCAACCGGUUCACAAGUGCGAUAUGAGCUUGACCGAUUUACUUGGAGAGUUGCAACGCGAUCCUUGGCCCGUUGGUCCAGGCAAACGACCUCUGAGAUCGACUGGUGUUGCGCUAGCUGUUGCAACUGGGCUUUUAGAGGCUAGUUAUGCCAACACGGGUGCUAGAAUUAUGCUCUUUGUCGGGGGACCAUGUUCUCAAGGUCCUGGUCAAGUGGUAACAGACGAUCUUCGUCAGCCGAUAAGAUCCCAUCACGACAUUCACAAGGACAAUGCGAAACAUAUGAAGAAAGCGACGAAACAUUACGAUGGUUUGGCAGCUCGGGCUGCGACGAAUGGUCACAUAAUCGAUAUUUAUUCGUGCGCGCUCGAUCAAACUGGUCUUUUGGAAAUGCGACAAUGUUGCAAUUCCACCGGUGGUCACAUGGUCAUGGGAGAUUCCUUCAAUUCGUCGCUUUUCAAGCAAACUUUCCAACGUGUAUUCACCAAGGAUCCGAAACGAGAUUUGAAAAUGGCAUUCAAUGCGACACUCGAAAUAAAAACUUCAAGAGAAAUCAAAGUUUCCGGUGCCAUUGGCCCAUGCGUUUCACUUGGGGUUAAAGGACCCUGCGUGGGUGAACAGGAAGUUGGACUUGGAGGCACUUGCCAAUGGAAAUUCUGUUCCCUCACACCUUCAACGACGACCGCUAUUUUCUUCGAAGUUGUUAAUCAACACGCCGCUCCAAUUCCGCAAGGAGGCCGAGGUUGCAUACAAUUUAUUACACAGUAUCAACACAGCAGCGGACAACGAAGAAUUCGCGUUACAACUGUUGCUCGGAAUUGGGCGGAUGCUUCGAUAUCUCUACAGCACAUCAGCGCAGGAUUUGAUCAGGAAGCUGCAGCGGUUCUAAUGUCGCGGUCGGCAGUUUUUCGUGCUGAAAGUGACGAUGGACCGGACGUACUUCGAUGGGUCGAUAGAAUGCUCAUUAGACUGUGUCAAAAAUUCGGGGAGUACACGAAGGACGAUCCAAACAGUUUUAGACUCGCUGAAAAUUUCUCACUUUAUCCUCAGUUCAUGUAUCAUCUGCGGAGAUCACAAUUUCUUCAAGUAUUCAACAAUUCCCCGGAUGAGACGAGUUUCUACAGGCAUAUGUUGAUACGCGAAGAUUUGACAAAUUCGUUGAUAAUGGUUCAACCGAUAUUGUAUAGCUACGGUUUCGGAGGUCCUCCCGAACCAGUGUUACUAGACACAUCGUCCAUACAGCCCGAUAGGAUUUUACUUAUGGAUACUUUCUUCCAAAUUCUCAUCUUUCAUGGCGAGACGAUAGCUCAAUGGCGUCAAUUGAAGUAUCAGGAUUUGCCAGAAUACGAUAACUUCCGUCAGCUUUUAGCGGCUCCGGUCGACGACGCAGCUGAAAUAUUAGCCGGCAGAUUUCCGGCCCCCCGUUACAUCGACACCGAACAAGGCGGUUCUCAGGCUCGAUUCUUGCUCAGUAAAGUAAACCCAAGUCAAACGCACAACAACAUGUAUGCGUACGGAACGGGGAUGCCGUUGCCCAACGGGGAAAGUGGAGCGCCCGUGUUGACCGACGACGUGAGUCUCCAAGUAUUCAUGGAGCACUUAAAAAAAUUAGCUGUAUCAUCUACAGCUUAGGCUAUAAAAUUACGUUAGCAAAAAAAAAUACGUUUGAAAAAACAUUUAUUGUGCGCUUUUAUAUUGUAAUGGAGGUAGUAUUGUAUAAAAAGAGAAAAAGGCAGAAAAAACGAUGUAUCGUAAUCGCGCAUUUGAGCACAACCGAUGGCAUUUCUUGUGAAGAAUACACAUGCGAAUAAAAUUACGAUACUAAGGAAUGAUGAAAAAAUUAUUAAAAAAAUCCAAUGUCAGAUCAACCGAGGACCUGGUACAUAUUCCGUUAAAAUAUAAAGAAGUAUAAAUAUUUUAAUUGUAAAUGGAUAUGAUAAAAUAUGAGAAAAUAAAACUAUUCGUAUGACCAAUUAA